UUUGAUUUGUUCCCUAAUUGACCUAAAUAAAGCAUCUGAGAGACGGGGUCCCGUCCAACCCCUCAAUGCAGACUAUCACACAGUGUAUAGUAGGGGGCUCAAAGCGAGUAAUUCUCGUAUUUUUCUGGAGUAAUCUUGCUCGCUGCCUCCACUGUCCAAUCGCAAGAGGCAAUUUUUUUGCUUCGAGUGGAUCGCGCCAUGUAAUUUACAGUAGUAUAUCUACGGAUUCACUCACAUUCUCGCGCUCUAUCUCGAACUCUCAUGGAUAGCUCGACGGACUUCGAGAGAAAGAUUAGGCAUAACUAAGACCAAGCAAAAGAGACACACAAGAAUGUCUAAACAGCACGUAAAUAUUUUGUAAGUCAUAUAUUUAUCGGUGACUAGGUGGUUUGAAGACGACAAAAAAAAUAUGCUUGUUAAGGCACCGGAGUCUCAACAUCAUGGUCCAACGUCAAGAAGCUCGUCAUUUUCCAUUGAAAAUUUACUUCGGUCUACUACCGGGACUACAGACAGGCUGUCUACGACCGAAGAUGAGGGGGAUUGUAAGGAAACGGGACUCUCUUGCAACCAAGUCGCUGUCAUUGAGAGCCGCUGCAACCAAGUGGAGCGUCAAGUGUCUUACUUUGGAUUAAACGCCCAACGCCACUGGUGUGGGACAUCGCCAAACAAAUCUUGCAGUGAUUUACAGAGUCCGCAGUGCCACUCCAGCAACUCCGAUGAUCCCGGAGGCUCUCUAAAAACCAGCAACCGGGAUUCUCCCGCUCUACCGGAGCCGGUGGAAGACAACGACCAACCGGACGAGAGGGCAGAGGGAAGUCUGACAGACGUCAAGGAUGACGAAACAGGGUCUUCCUGCUUCGCCCGGGAAGACAGUGAAACACCUGAUACGAAAGCAGCUUGCAAGAAGAAGACCCGCACCGUGUUCAGCCGGAGUCAGGUUUUCCAGCUGGAGUCCACCUUCGACAUGAAACGCUACCUGAGCAGCACUGAGCGGGCGGGGUUAGCCGCCUCUCUACAGCUCACCGAGACGCAGGUCAAGAUUUGGUUCCAGAACCGCAGGAACAAGUGGAAGAGACAGCUAGCCGCCGACAUUGAGGCCACGAACAUCUCGUAUUCGACUCAAAGGAUUGUCAGGGUUCCUAUUCUGUACCACGAGAACGCAGCACCUGGGACACUGAGCGCAAGCCUGGCACAGGUGUCGCCACCCUUCUCGAGUACUGUGAAUUAUCCCGUCUCCCAGUUCACCCACCCCAUGUCUUUUAUAAGAUCACAAAUCACAGGCCUUGUGUGAGACACACAUUAUUGGUGUAUUAUAUGGAAUGAACUUAUUGGACAUGGUAGAGCAGCGUUUACCAAACUCGGUCCUGGGGACUCCAAGGGGUGCGCGUUUAGAUUUUUGCCCUAGCACUACAAAGAUGAUUCAAAUAAUCAAAGCUUGGUGAUUAGUUGAUUACUUGAAUCAGUUAUGUAGUGCUAGGGCAAAAACGAAAACGCGCACCCAUUGGACUCCCGAGGUGUCCGCGUUUGGAUUCAUUGCUGACGGUGACUUUAUUGCAAGUCACCAAAAUCACAGCCACAUUCAUAAGGCAACAACACUUUGACCAACCUGUUUAGUCUAUAGGCCCCAACUUCUCUAUUUUAAUAUGCAAGUUGCAAUUGCCAUGUAUUUUUUUUGAUUUGAGUGUGUACAAAAUUUGAAUCCCUCAAGCCAGACACUAUUCUACAUUUGGGGGAUGUUAACUUAAGCAUAUAUCAUUAGAUUUAUAUAAUUAUUUACAUGGAAACUGGAUGGAAUAUUGUCAAGGGUUAGUCAACCAGUUUGUGUGUUUGUAUUCUUUUUAAAUGACAAAAUUUGUAACCUGUAGAUAGACUUUUUACGAGCAUGGAGUUACGGGGACUGUAUUAUUUUACAUUUCUUAGGCUAUUUAAAGUGGGUUUCAUAUGACAUUUUGUACACGAGUUGUCCGAUCAAUGUAAAUAAAAAUGUAUGAAGU